GAAUAAUUAAUCAUUAACAUUUUAAUUAUAGAUAAACUAAAAAGCAAUAUUUUUGAUAAAAAGUCAAACAAGUUUAAAAUAAUAAAGUAAAAAACAAUUAAUAAAAUUCAUUACUGCAAAAAAAAAAAUAAAAAAUUAAGAAAACAAAACUAAAACUGGUCAUUUUUCUAAUGGUUUAAACGACAACAAAACUUUUCAAAUAAACAACCACGUGCCGUUCUUUCUUUCUUUUUUUCUUUAAACGAUAACCAGUACGUUAUUUACUACUAAAACGACAGUACAGCAGGCAUUUCAAAGGCAAUGCCUAUCCAACAAAGCUUUCAACACCUUCCUUAAGUAUGUAUAACUUGUUUGGGAAUCUUGAAUGACAAUUCUAGCUGUGAUGGCUUCAUUGAGUUUUAGUCUUGCAAAGCCUGCAAGAAUCUGAAGCAAGAGAAUUCAAAAGACCAGGCCACACCACAGAAUGAUGAUCGUUGCAUUGGCCAAGCUCUUGAAUUUUGCCAUCACCAUUAAUAAUACCAACCUUCUAAUCAAUCACUGCAGAUUCUUGACGUUCAUUGUUCAAAACUCCAUAAAUGAAGCCUCAUUCAACAGCACAAGCAUCUUAGAGGGCACACGGUUGUGUUCUUUGAUUCAACAAUGUAUAGAGAACAAGUCCUUAACAAAGGCCAGAUUGGUCCACGCUCAUGCUAUAAAGUUUGGGCUUUUAGGCCUCAGCGUAGGAAAUAAGCUCACUGAUGCUUACCUCAAGUGCGGUUGCAUUGUUGAUACACGUAAGCUGUUCGAUGAAUUGCCUGAACGGUAUUUAAUCUCCUGGAAUUCAAUGAUUUCUUAUUACAUUGGUCAAGGAAAGUGUAAGGAAGCUAUUUUAUUGUAUACAAGGAUGGUUUCAGAGGGUGUUCUACCUGAUAAUUUCACGUUCUCGAGUGUUUUCAAGGCUUUUUCUGAACUGGGUCUGGUUAAUGGAGGGCGGGAAGCUCAUGGGAUGUCAAUUGUUCUGGGUUUGGAGGUUUCAAACAAGUUUGUUGGUUCUGCCCUUGUUGAUAUGUAUGCGAAGCUUGGAAAAAUGAAGGAAGCUCAUUUAGUGGCAGACCGGGUUAUGAGCAAAGAUGUGGUUUUGUUAACAGCUUUGAUUGUUGGUUACACUCAACAUGGUGAUGGCCAAAAAGCUCUAAAGGUUUUUGGGGAAAUGAUCCGCCAAGGAAUUAAUGCGAAUGAGUAUACUUUUGCAAGCAUCUUAAUCACUUGUGGAAAUGUGGAGGAUGUAACUGUAGGUAAGUUGGUUCACGUUCUUAUGGUCAAAUCUGGCCUUGAAUCAGUCGUGGCUUCGCAAACUUCGCUUCUUACUAUGUAUGCUAGAUGUGGCUUGAUUGAUGAUUCACUAAAGGUUUUCAAGAACUUUUCGUGUCCCAAUCAGGUAACUUGGACCUCCCUAUUAGUGGCUCUCAUCCAAAAUGGUAAAGAAGAGGUAGCUUUUUCCAAAUUCAAAGAGAUGAUUCGGAGUUCCAUUCUUCCUAACUCCUUUACAUUAUCUAGCGUUCUUCAAGCAUGUUCAAGUCUUGCAAUGCUUGAGGGAGGAAAACAAAUUCAUGCUAUGGUUAUGAAAUUUGGAUUGGAUAGAGACAGAUAUGCUGGUUCUGCUGUUGUUAAUUUGUAUGGGAAAUGUGGAAGUACAGAAAUGGCAAGGUCUGUCUUUGAUGCUUUAGUUGAGUACGACGUGGUGUCCAUGAAUUUCAUGAUAUAUAGUUAUGCCCAGAAUGGUUUUGGUCAUGAAGCAAUUAAACUAUUUCAUAAGAUGAAAGAGUUGGACCUUGAACCAAAUGAAGUAACAGUUUUGAGUGUUCUAUUAGCAUGCAACAAUGCAGGGUUGGUAGAAGAAGGCUGCCAAAUAUUUGACUCCAUUAAUAACAAUCAACAGUUUGAAUUGACCAGAGAUCACUAUGCUUGCAUGGUUAAUCUGCUGGGGCGUUGUGGGAGACUUGAGGAGGCUGAAAUAUUGGUCAAACAAGUCAGAAACCCAGAUGUGGUUUUAUGGAGGACACUUCUGAGUGCUUGUAAGAUCCACGGAGAGGUGGAGAUGGCAGAGAGAGCUCUGAAACAAGUGCUUGAUCUCUCCCCCGAGGAUGAGGGGACUUAUGUCCUCAUGUCAAAUCUUUAUGCCUCAGCUGGUAAUUGGAAUCAAGUUAUUGAGAUGAAAAGCACAAUGAGAGAAAUAAAGUUGAAGAAGAAUCCUGCAAUGAGUUGGGUUGAGAUUGAUAAGGAGGUUCACACUUUCAUGGCUGGAGAUUGGUCUCACCCAAGUUCUAAAGAGAUACUUGAUACAUUAGAAUAUUUGAUUGAGAAGGUAAAAAAUUUGGGUUACACUCCUGAUACAAGAUUUGUGUUGCAAAACAUGGAUGAGGAGAAAAAAAAGAGGUCUUUAUAUUAUCAUAGUGAGAAACUAGCCAUAGCCUUUGCACUAUGGAAGACUAAUAAUAGAACUACUACCAUCAGACUUUUUAAGAACCUUAGAGUUUGUGGGGAUUGUCAUUCAUGGAUAAAGUUUGUCUCCAAAGCUGCUGGAAGAGAAAUCAUUGCUCGAGAUGCCAAGAGAUUUCAUCAUUUUAAAGAGGGGUUAUGUUCCUGUGGAGAUUAUUGGUGAAUCCAUAUUUGUGCAUAGUGUAUAGGCAAUGUUUUUGUGAUUGAAUUUCCUAAUACUAGUUAGUCUUCGAUGUAGAUUGAUUCACCACACAAUAGUUUGUUGUAACUUAAUGUCCCAUCAGCAAGCUACUUCAGAAGUGAGACACAUAGAUGCCAUUAAUCAGUGACUAAGCAGACAUUUGGGAUGUAAGAAAUAUUUGAUAGCAUUUGUGCGUAAGCUAUAUUGUUAUUAUAUAUUUUUUUAGUUCUCUA